UUUGUAGGUGCAGUUGCCGUGGAAUUAAUAUUUUUUUUGUUUUUCAUGGUAUAAACUUAAAUAUAUUCAAAGUUAAAAAAAGGGAACCGAUGAAAUACUCGCUACAUAAUUAGAAAAAGAUCUGUAAGUGUUUUUAUCAAAAAGUGUUUUAGUUGAACGCGAUUGUAACGGCAUUGAACGCGAAAAAUACGAAAUUUCAUUCAGAAAUUUUCAAAUUUAUGAUAUUGUGUGGAUAAGGCUCCAAUUUUUGGCUCAGUUCGCGUGUUAAUUGACACUCUUUUUUGGGGAUCUCAAAUCAACCGUAUUGAAAUGAAAUUUCCUUUCUUAAUCAGCAAAUUUCAAUUUGGACGAUGUUUUUCUUUUAAAAAGCUCUACAGCACUGUUCCGGGUAAGAUACACAAACCAAAUUUCUUGGCAUAUGACUCGCCAGGCAAUAUAUUAUGGAGGGUGGCAUUGAAAGGAAUGGAGACAUAUUUUACAAAGCAAAAGAUUGAAUAUCCGACACAAUACCUGCCAUCGUUUCUAGAACGUUGCCGAAAUGCAAAAGUAAAUCAAGAGAUUCCUUACUUUGAAUUAAAAAAGAAGGUGCUAAGAUCGUUAAUCAAGUCUGGAAGUGGAUUCUCGUCGGAGAUUUACUACAGUAAUCCUGAAUACUUGGAGAAACCUGUGCAUCGAAAAAAUUUCACUUUUUAUGUAUCUCAUCUUCAAGAAAUCAUUGCAGCUGAGUUUUUCAAAUACGCAAGAUACAAAGAUAUAUUAGCAAACACCAAUGUUGAUCUACAGAGACAGCUUACUAAAUUUACUAACCCUGGGGAGCUAUAUCCUGCUGCACGAAGCCAGAAGCGACACAUCAUUAUGCACGUCGGUCCCACGAAUAGUGGAAAAACCUAUCAUGCUUUGCAGCGCUUGAAACAGUCUAAAAGAGGUGUUUAUGCAGGUCCAUUGCGCCUCUUGGCUCAUGAAGUUUAUAAUCGAUUAAAUGCGGAUGGCAUCAGGUGCAACUUGCUUACCGGUGAGGAAAUCAGAGAACCACAUAUAGUUCCACAUGUUGUAUCAUGUACUGUUGAGAUGUGUAGCAUUUACGAUUCCUUUGAAGUUGCAGUUAUUGAUGAAAUCCAGAUGAUUGCUGAUCCCGACAGAGGUUUCGCCUGGACGAAUUGUUUACUGGGGCUCCAGGCUAAAGAAAUCCAUCUUUGUGGAGAGGAAAGUGCUGUGAAUUUGGUUAAAUCUAUCGCAAAGUUGACCAGGGAUGAUUUUACGGUCUAUCGCUAUAAUCGUCUUAAUCGUCUCAAAGUUGCCAAAGCUAGUUUGCGUGGCAAACUGAAGUUACAAGAGGGUGACUGUUUGGUAGCUUUCUCACGUAAAGAUAUUUUUGCUUUAAAAGAAAAGGUUGAGGAAAAAAUGGGGAGAAGAGCUGCUGUGAUAUACGGCUCCUUACCUCCUGAGGUGCGCAAUCAACAAGCCAGUUUGUUCAAUUCUGAGGAUCAUGAAGAAAAAAUAUUGUUGGCAUCAGAUGCCAUUGGAAUGGGAUUAAACCUAACGGUCAAACGGAUCAUUUUUCAUAAACUUAAGAAGUUUAGUGGCACAGAGAUGAUUGACAUUCCUAUUCCUCAAGUGAAACAGAUAGCUGGAAGAGCCGGCAGACACCAGGCAAAUACGGAUUCGGAACAAUCGCCGGGUGUUGUCACAACUCUAUAUGACGAAGAUUAUGAAGCUUUAAAGCGCGCAAUGAAGUUUCCUAUAAAAAAUUUAACUCGAGCUAGCAUAAAACCGCCGGAUUUUGUUUUUGAAAAGUUCUGCUCUCUCUUCCCGAAUGAGGUUCCCGUACGCAUGAUUUUGGAACGCUAUGCGAAACUUUUUAAAGUACAAGGUCCCUUUUCCGCAUCCAAUUUUAAUGUGAAUUUUUUCACUUUAGAUUUGCUUGAUACUGUGAAAGAAUUAACGAUAGAAGAUAAAAUUUCUUUGUUAGGAAUACCAAUUGCAAAACAAAUGCCACAGGUUACUGAAUUUGCUUACGAGAUCGGAAAACACAUUGCAAGUGGUAAGCGCAUGCAGAUAUACGAUCAUCCUUAUCUGCCACUGGAUAUAAUUGAUCGGGGGAUUCCACGUACUAAUGAAGCAUUAAUUGACCUAGAAAGACUUCAUAAAAAGAUUGUGGUAUACCUUUGGGUUAGUCUUCGCUAUCCAAAUAUAAUAUUACCAGAGGCGGCCUUAAUGGCGAAAAAAAUUACUGAAGAGUUGCUAGCAAGGGGUUUAGCACAUAUGAAGAGCUCUACUGAAUCCUCUUCAUCAUCGGUAGUAGCUGUCGAUAAUUAGAAACAAAGAGAAUUUUGUUUUUUUGUUUUAUAGAAAAAUGAAACUUCGAUAUUAGGAAACGUUUUCUUGGCUUUUUUUAAAUGGUAACGUUUGUAUUCAUCUUUUGACAAUAUUCCUAUCCCCAAACUUUCUAACUUUUUGAAAGUAAGCAAAAGUAAGUUGUGCUUUGGAUUUUAGAGUCAAAUACGAAUAUGUCUCUUAUCCAAUGAUUCCGUUUGGUUUCGUUGAUUUUCUUUUUAGGAAUCCUCAGUCAACCAAAAAUUUUCAUGAUCAAACGAAACAUAACGGAAACCAUAUAAAAAGAUAGUGAAAAGAAGGAAAUACAAGUCUAAGCUAUUUUAAAAGGAAAGGACAUGGAAUUUCAAACUUCUUUUUAUUUCCUUUUGUUUAUUUAUUUACAGACAAAAGUUCGAUGACACAAUGUCACUGUUAGGAAGCAAUCUAUGUAGGGUGGGAUGAGUCUUAGGUGGGGUAUUCAAGGAAUCAUUGCCAAACAAAGGCACUUCAAGUAAUUAAAGAUCAUAAAAUAACGAAGCUUACCUUAUACUGUG